AUGACGGAACCAGGCAGAUCGUCAGUGCUGGAGCUUCCGGCAGAGCUAAUACACGAGAUUUUGACGUACCUAUCGCCUGGGGAGAUUUCAAACUUUGGCCUCUCAUGUAAACAGGCGCGAGGACACCUCGAUCGAGGCAACAAAUCACUGUGGCGCAGGGUAUUCUUGAACGUCUUUGAGAAUCCGCAAAGGGCUUGGCAAGGAUUGACGCCUACAGCAAGGGCCAAUAAUAAGCAGCGCGAGGAGGAAUGGGACUGGUAUGGCGAACUGGAGCGUCGACUUGAAGCAAGACGAAUCAUACUUGACGACGACGUGACGAUAGAAUUGAAGAGAGAUCGUUUUGAGGACGUUAUGCACGCCCUCCUCGACAUUCUAGAGACGGGGCGGCACAAUCACAAGUACUUCAAUGAUUACUGCCCACAUCCCUAUGACAGGAACCUGGAGUUCCUGGAAGACAUAUUUCAAGUGCCAAAGGCAAGCUUUUUCCUCAACGAUUUCACGAUUGAUCGGGAUUCUGCACUGCCCUUCGAGGAUCAUUCCGGGGGCCCGAUGACGCGGUCUAGAACAAGCAAACGUAGAGUGCCUGAGUGUGCGAGCCAGAUUCAUAUAUAUCAUGGAAUCACCGAAAGUGAGAGAACACAGGAAAGGCCAGGAGCCAAGUCGUCAGCGAGAGAGCUGGUAUAUGAUUGGAGCAAGUUUAGCCCUGACUGUGACUAUGGCCCUUUCCAUCCCGACGGCAGCGUGAACUGGCACGUGGUCGAGGCUGUCUCCAGCUUGAUGGCUCAGGCCGUACACAUGCAAGCGGAUAAUUUCCAAGUCUGCCCGUUCGAAAAGCCAGCUACCAAGUACCCGUGCGAUCCAGAAACCGACUGGGCAGGCAUAUCCUACGAACGCGAUGUCUGGAUGGGCACGUACGCCUUCUUGGACUAUGCCGAUCUUGCGCUCUUCAAUUUUGAGCGUGCCCGAGGUGUCUCAAUCUCGCUUGGCGAGUUCGAUGAGGCUUCUGGGCUUCUAAGUCGGCUCUGUCUCCAUCGAGACGACCGCAUAAAGGACGACCAGGCCCUGAAAACGAGGCUACCUGUUUGUGAAGAUCUCCCCACAAUAUACUUUUCGGGAUCAUCCCAAAGUCAGGGGCUGAUGCAUACACAUGGUGCUGGCAUACGAGGGUGUGUAUCACUGGUGCCUGGAGGAAAAGAGGUACGAUGGAGGUUCAUCAUUCGCUAUUCUGGCCUGGAUCAAUGGCAGCUCGAAGGCGUCCAGCCUGGUGGCAUCAGAACAGGCCCAAUUUUUGGCAUCUGGAGUGGCUGUGACCACGAGGAGAACGGUCCUGUUGGGCCAUUCUCUUACUAUACAGAGGAGGAAGAGGAAGAGGAAGAAGAGCAGCAAGGAGGAGGAAACCCAUGACUCAUAUCAGUCUGAACAACAACAACAACAACAAGAUCUCAGCUCUACACGAAAGAUCAAAUUCUCGACUCUUACUUCACUCGUAACGCUUACUAAAUAAUUGAUACCA